AUGCGAGUCGUGCGGAGAUUGUUUGCGCCGCGCGGUCCCGUUGUUGUUCCCGCGGUUCGUAAAGCGGAAGCUUCUCGCGUGAGUGUCAUUGAUACGUCAGUAGAGAUCAUUCAACCUCCCCUGGUGGGAUGGAUAUUCACGCAUGGCACCUUAUUAGGAGGGCAGUUGCCAACUGAUGCAAUUGACCAGCAGCUUCUUUGCUCUUUUGGCCAAUUCCAAGCCCCGACACGACUCACAGGCAGGGAUCGCACUGUGAUUUGCAGUUGUUGGGACCGAGGUCUGGAUGGUUUGUCUCCCAACAAAAUGCAGUCGCGGCUCCACACGAAAAUCGCAGCGAGUGAUAGUAUCUGA